CCAGGGCGGCGGCGGGCGGGCGGAGGUGGCCGCGCAGGUGGGGGAAGCGCUCGGCCCCUUCCCCUCUUUUGUGUCAGGAAUUGAUUUGCUGACGCUUGUACCCGAGCAGUUACGGAGCUGGUCUCUUUCAGAGGGUGCUCUGCACCACGACGGGGGCCGUGUCUCGCUCAGGCCCAUCUUGCCCAGCACCGGUUUCCUGUCUGCAGUCAGCAUGGCAGCGCCGCUCAGAACCGCGUGGUCCCGCGUCCUUUGGAGGCGUUCGGCAGCUCCCUGCAAGCAGGUCCCGCUGCAGAAUGGAGCUGUAUAUCAUGCUUGUUGUAAAUCUACGUACUCGGUUCUCCCUGAAGACUACAACUGCAAAGUGGAACUUGCCUUGACAUCAGAUUUGAAGACGAUUGUCUGCUACCACCCUUCGCUUGAGAUUCCAUAUGAGUAUACAAAACCCAUACCACGGCCAGAUCCAGUGAAUAAUAAAGAAGAAACACUUGAUCAAGUUUUGAAAUCCAGAUUGAAUGAAAACGAGCUAAAGGAUGAUAGAGGUCCUACAAUUGAAGAGCUCAGCAAAAUGUUUUACACAACAAAACAUCGGUGGUAUCCUGUAGGACAGUAUCAUAGAAGACGGAAGAAUCCUAAUCCUCCUAAAGACAGAUAAUUAAGAUAACUUCUUGUUCAUCAGCAAUUUGCUAUUAAUCUUUAUUGGAAAUAAAAAUUACAGAAAGUGAGAUGUUUGUCACUUCUACAUGAAUGUUUUAAAUAAAUCAUGUUUAAC